AAACAGGCAAACUAUCAUUCAUUAGUGUGGUAACCGCGAGAUAGAAGACAGACAGACUUUUCAUAAACUGAGCCAGUAAGUUUACUAGAGAUAAGCAAAGAAGAAAUAUAUAUUGUUACACUGUCGUAAUAAGAGAAAAUCUCAAAAGCCCUGGAGAUGAGACGAAUCCCUCUUUCCAACCGAACACGUGCAUUCUACUUGCAGCACGAUAGAUCCUUGCGGCUCUCGUAGAGCACUUUGAAAGUUGCAGCUUCAAACUAUCGUUUUCUAGUAGUAGACUGGUGAUACGAGCUCUGAGUACCUCCAUUUACCCAGAUACCACUUUCCUGGUUGGUCACCAAACACUGGAGGAUGUCGAUGGAUGGCUGAGCGGAAUUUUGAAGCUUUACUCCGGAGUUCGAGAGUCGGGUUUGUUCUCAUGUUCGGUAUCAAUUAAGUGGUUUAUGGACCUAUGAUGAAUAAAAUGCCUGAGAUCAGUAGCUCCAUUGAUAUCUCGUUCAAGUCCACGCCACUGAACCAUACAGCGAAUGAGAAAACUGUCAAUACCGGUCCUGUGACUUUUUCUGCCAAGGAGCUGUCAUAUGUAUUCCAAAUCACUAGCACAGCGAUAAGUCAACUGGAUACUGGCAAAGGCAAAAAAACCCACUCACCUUGAGACGAAGCUACCUGGACAAGAAUGUAUGAGGCAAUAACGAACGUCUGUUUCACCUUCAACCUUCAGCCGGUACAACGUAUUCGAGAAUCCGAGUUCUGUAAACGAAUUUAUUUUUUGAACCGUAAAGAUAAAUCGUUCUGAAGCCAAGCAAGCGACUGAUGCUUACAUGGU